UUGACGCCGAGAUUUCACGUGACAGCUACAUUAUUAAACCCCAAACCGGUAUCUGAGACGACAAGUUUGCCUUUAGAGAUAAUUGUAGUCUGCAGAGAGUACUAUUAACAGCACCGGUCCGUAACAGAUUUCAAGGCAGUCAUGUCUGCUGCUAAAAAGCCUACAGGACUUGUUGCAGCCACAUUUACUCCACUAACUACACAGGGUGAAAUCAUCCUAUCAGAAAUUGGACCUUAUAUUGACUACUUGACACAGAAGCAAGGUGUACGUAACAUAUUUGUCAAUGGCACCACCGGAGAGAGCAUGGCCCUCAGUGUUGCAGAGAGGAAGAAACUGGCAGAGGAGUGGUGUAGUAAAGCAAAGGGAAAAAUGGAACAUGUGAUUGUGAAUGUUGGCUGCUUGAGUCUUAAAGAUUCCCAAGAACUGGCUAGUCAUGCAGCAGAAAUUAAGGCUGAUGCAAUUGCAGCCAUGGCCCCCUUCUUCUUCAAGCCCAGCAAUGCAGAUGUGUUGAGGAUGUUCCUGAAGGAAGUGGCUUCAGCUGCCCCAACUCUGCCUUUCUAUUAUUAUCACAUCCCAAGUCUCACUGGUGUAAAUGUGCCUGUGAGAGAUCUGUUGGAAGAUAUUCAGAAUGUCAUCCCCUCCUUCAGAGGUGUGAAGUUCAGCGGGACUGACCUGAUGGACUUCGGCCUUUGUGUUAGCUACAGUCCGCCUAACUGGACAAUAUUUUACGGCGUGGAUGAGCAACUGCUAUCAGCCCUGGUGAUGGGAGCUCAGGGAGCAGUUGGCAGCACUUAUAACUACCUAGGAUCUCAUAUCAACAAGCUUGUAUCUGCAUUUGAGAAAGGUGAUCUUGUAGAAGCAAGGACAAUACAGUUCAAGCUGCAGGAUCUUCUGAAAUAUGCCAGUAAAUUUGGUUUCGAUCUGGGAGUGAACAAGCAGCUGAUGAUCCAGCUGUCAGGCUUGUCUCUGGGUCCUCCUCGUCUACCUGUGAAGCCAUGUCCUCCUGCAGACGCUCUGUCCAUCGCACACAAAUUUCAAAGUAUCUUUCCUGAGCGAGAUCAAUCUGAACUGAACACUUAGUGCAAAAAUCAUUGCUAAAUAAUCUUUUGGCAAUGUUAUACUUUAAAUCUGAGAUAAUCUGGAACUGCCUCUCAAGGCUAUGUGUUCUUGAUUUGAUACUUUUUUAAUGGGAAAUUUUUUGAGUGACAACAUUUUACUGAGUCACUACUCCUCGUACUGAAGACACACCAGAUAAGAGUAUUUUAAUGUGUUAAUCGUUUUUAUUAAGACUUCAUUGUGUGAUGUGUGUGAAUCACACAUUGCUUCACAAAAGGUGGCAUACACUUUCACAAAAAGGCAGUAUUAUAAACCUGUUGUAUUUACAAACACUACUAAAUAUAAUUUACUCAAUUUAAGUCUCCAAGCCCUGUUUGGUUAGUCAUAGAAAAUAACAUUCAUAGAAACGAUCACAGUGAACUACUUGAAAAAAGGAGUUAAAUCUCUAACUUCCUAGUUGAUUUUAUUGUUCUGGUUUGUUAAAUGUCAACUGUUCCAAUUGGGAAAUAAAAGGCUGUUUUGGGAAAGGUUGGACCUUUAAACUGAUUCAAUCAGAGUGAGGAUAACAUAGACAGAGAGACAGAGGAGGCAUUGAUCACUGUUUGAUGAACACAAGUUACUGACACUCCAAUAAAAAAGGUGUUUGGAUAAUACACCCAAAUUGUUACAAGGGAGCACAGAACACUUUCAAAUAGGAUGCAGACUUCUUUUAAGUGAAAAUUCAUUCAAUUAUAUUCAAUAUAGACUUUAUAAAUGUCACCCAUAAAGGGAAAUAUGUGUAUUAAGAUAAUCUUUGAAUUGUGUUUUUAUAAUCUCAGAUUUUUUAAAAAGAUUAAUUUCUAAUUCUCACAAAUAAAUGUGCUGAUCCAUUUGUUUGUUCAAACUGA